AUGACUCAGACCAAUAGAAAGUCUGAUUGUGAUGAUGGAUUAUCACAAGUACUAAAGACAUUACUUCCAAAGAGUGACUGUCGUAACACUUGCAACAACAACAACAAGCAAAGACAUGAAAGUGUUAUUGCCAAGGUGUUGUGCAACAGGGAGUUGCUCAAAAGGAUUGUGAACGCUGGAAGACCAAGAUAUCAUACUGGUAGAUCGUACAACUACACUCAACUCAGUGAUGUCAGAGCAUAUUGCUUGGAGAAUGUCAUCAAGUCGAUGCCCUACGCAGUGAUCAAGCAUGUCCUUGACAACAACAGAUACAUGAUGCUCUAUAAUCAUCACUCAUUGAUGAGGUAUGCUGUGGAGUAUGGACAACUCGAUGUGUACAAGCUGCUUCAGACUCAGGCACGAGACCUUCCACCCGACGCGCCUCCGCCCUCAGCUGAUGACUUCAACUACAUCUCUGAUCAUCUCUUGUUGGCACUCAAUGUUGGCCAACCCUCAAUGUUCAACUAUCUCCUCUCACUCGAGACACAGCAAUCAAUGAACGACAGGAUCCUAGAGGGUGACUACAGAUUCCACACGGAUACAGUGUGCCGCACAAGUGACGAGCGUGUGGCCAUGUCAACCAUGCUUAGGACUUUGAUCACCUACAUUGAGUCGCACUACAGCAAGGACACACCCAUUGAGCAAUACAAAGAAGCAUUCAGUCGAUUGUUGGGUCACCCAUUCGAACUCCUGCUCAAGUGUCAGGACAUUGAGCUGGCACGUCUGGCCGCCAAGUAUGUCGACUUCCAUCCCCAGCAACUAUAUUACUAUUGCAGUGAUAUCUUUGGUCCUCGUGGCAGUGCAACAGCACCAUAUCUCCCGUUGAGCAAGGAGAUCGAUCUACUCGAGCUGGAGCAUACCGUCGUCUUCCUCUUUGAACUUCUGGAGCUCUAUGCCCGUCAAGUCGAGCGCACCAGCACGUUGCUCCCAUCAUGCUCAACGGUGUUCACAAAGUUGGGUGUGAUGAUCACCGACAUCUACUUGAUCAUGUCUUCGCAGCACGACCAACCAAGACUACUGUCCAACUUGAUGAGAGCCAUAUACGCCAACAUCCGUCUGGAAUGCGAUGAUGGUCAUCUGGAGCAACUGGUACACUUCUUCCUCGAUCACUCAUUGGACUUGGAUAAAGUACAUGACAGUGGCAACAAGCAUGUCUCACUUGUUCUCAACUCUAUCUGCACUUAUGGAACAAUCACAUUGGUUAGAAAGGCCUAUGCUUGGUUGGGUCUUCGCAACAUCAAUGAGGAGGAUGUUCGAUUGAACGAGGCGUAUCCAAAGUCAGUGGAGAUACUAGAAUACAUCAGUCAUACUCACAGUUGGUACCAAAUGGACAAGAUGGCUAUGCUGGUUCACUUUACCUCGAUGGCCGAUCCAGACUCGCUCAAGACAUUCUUGGCUGCACACGACAUCCAGAGUUUGUUCAGGACUAAUGUACCUGAAGAUAAUCAAGACGAUGAUAAUGAUGAUAAUGAUGACGAUAAUGAUGAUGAUGAUGAUUAUCAAGAGGAUUCAUUCUUUGAUUUAAUCAAUUCAAUGAUGUCCAAGCACGACAUUGACACUUGUGCCACCAUUCAAUCAAUCAUUCAGACAGAGUUGGAUAAGCAUCAGAUCCCCACUGUCUUGGACAUCAUCUCUGAUCGCACCAAUGAGAUGACAGUACCAUACUAUCAAUUAUUCACAAUUGAUCGUUUGAAGGAUACCAAGUUCGAACUUCGCAAUACCUGGGACGUCGACCCAGCCGUUGUCGCCUAUCUUCUUGCUCAGGUACCCACUGCUGUCAAUGAUUCCGACAUGGUUAUCAAGUACUUGAGAUCAGCCUGCGCCAUUGGAAUGACCGAGUGUGUCCAACUACUCGAUUCGCCCAGUCAGGUCUUUACCCUACUCCGUUCGCACGAUUAUUCAAUGUCAGAGCUGUUGCAUGAGGCAUUCAAGAAUGGUCAUCACUCAAUCUGUCAGUACCUCAUUGGUUGUGGCGCAAGGUUUGGAUCUUCAACUUGGAAGUGUGCAGGAGCAAUGGAUGUGGCUACAUUGGAUACAUUGGUUGCAAUGCAAGAACUGACCGACGAGCAAAAGGAUGAAGUGUUUGACAAUGCUUGCUCUCAACUCAAUCUGCCAUUGAUGAAGGUGAUCCUAUCGAGAUGGCCAGAUGUCAAACUCACUCACAUGACACUGAAUGAGAGUGCAUUGAGUAGUUUGGUCGAUGAUCGAGUUGAUGUGUUGUCAUGCGUCACAGAGUUGUUGGUCAAGUGUCCUCCAGACGAAUAUGACGAGAGCUCCAACGGAUCCGAGUCCGAGUCCGAGUCCGAGACCGAGCCAGAGCUGGUCAUUGACCUGGCUGUGAUCAAGGAUAAGAUUCUAGAGCAAGCAAAGUGGCGAUUGACUUUCAACUCGGAGCGUUGUCUCAGAUACCUCCUGGAAGGAUUGCCACAACAGACCAUCAACAAGCACUCCACCAAUGUUUGGAUCAAGUAUCUACUACAAGCAUGA